UGGGAAGCAAGCGUCGCCCUGGUAACGGUCGGUUCCUCACCGGGUUAGCAUCGAGGUUCUGAUCAACUGACCCCAAACAACGCGUCAGUUACCGGGUUAAUCACCGACCCCCGCUGUGAUGGCCACGAGCGACCCGUCUGUGUUCCUUCUCACCGUGAACGGACAGAUCGAGGGAGCCGACUUUCCAGAGUACGACAACCUCUACUGCAAAUACUGCUUCGUGUACGGACACGACUGGGCCCAGAUCUCAGGGCUGGAGGAAGGCAUCACUCAGAUCACCUGUAAAGGCAGCCAGUCGUCACAUAAACUCAUAUGGAACUUCCCACUGGAGACAACUUUUAAGAGCACAAACCCAUCAGGAUGGCCUCAGCUGGUGGUGAGUGUGUACGGUCCAGAUGUGUUUGGCAACGACGUGGUCCGGGGCUACGGAGCCACACACAUCCCCUUCACCUCUGGACAACACACAAAGACCGUCCCCAUGUUUGUUCCCGAGCCCACAUGGAGACUUCAGAAAUUCACCAGCUGGCUGUUGGGACGGCGGCCCGAGUACACAGACCCAAAAGUCGUGGCUCAGGGUGAAGGCAGAGAAGUGACGCGGGUUCGUUCCCAAGGCUUCGUCAGCGUCUCCUUCCACAUCCUGACUAAGGACAUGAAGAAACUGGGUUAUGACACGGGGCCGUCGAAUCCCGUGAACAAAGGGUCUGAUGCGUCCGCCUGGUCGACAGAAGAGCAAACCUACAGGAUGUAGGAACACGAGACUUUGAGAACUUGUGGCGGUUCUUUUUGGGCCCUCGAGGAUGCUUGGUCCCCCACGAACACGAAACCCCCCCCCCCCAUCCACUGUCUCAGUUUGUAAAGUGCAGUGCCACAAGAACACAAUAUGUAAAUAUAAUAAGCACGAACACCAAUGUUGUAAAGUAAAAUGUUUAGAAAUGAAGAGUGCAACGAUUUUAUUAAUUUAGGAAUUUAGAGUUUUUCCUAAAUAUUUGUUUAACUGUUUUUUACUUUUUUAAAUAAAUGUGGAUUCAACAGUUCACUUGUUUUCAGUCAUUCUCAACCUCAGGAUCCGUGAAGAAUUCAGCUUCCUGAUCACGUUUAGACAUUUGUUUAAA